AUCAGUAUAGUGGGGCCUUCAACAUCACUCUGCCCAUCGACCUCAUCUCACCCACAGCCACCCUCUUUGUUUACAUUCCCUUCCCUGAGGGACAAGUGGCAGCUGACACCUUCAGUCUGAAAGUCUCCAAGUGCUUCAGGAAUCAGGUGAAGCUCAGCUUCUCAGACACAGUGGCUCCCCCAGGAUCCCUCGUCCAGCUCCAUUUGCAGGCUGCACCAGGCUCCCUGUGCAGUGUCCGUGCUGUAGACCAGAGUGUCCUCCUCCUGAGGCCAGAGGCUGAGCUGUCCAAGGACAGUGCUGCACCAGGCUCCCUGUGCAGUGUCCGUGCUGUAGACCAGAGUGUCCUCCUCCUGAGGCCAGAGGCUGAGCUGUCCAAGGACAGUGUGCAUAAUAUGUUCAGCUACUCUCAGGAGCACCCCAGCACCCUUACAGACUAUUACAGUGACUACUGUGCUAUCCAUACAAGCUCAGAAGCCAUCAGCUCCCCUCAGACCACCCCUCCACCAGGAACAACCUCACCGUUCAUGCACAACAGAUAUGCUUAUGCAGUGUCCCAGCCAGAUCUUUAUGAAGUUCUGAAGAAUUCUGGUCUGACGUUUUUAACCAGCCUUCAGAUCAAGUCUCCCAUCGAGUGCCACACCCAGACUGCUCUCUACUAUGACUACAUGUCUUAUGGAGAGCUGGCAGAACUGGGCGGCCUGGUCCUGGAAGAAGAUGUUGAGCAAGCUGAGUCAGAGCAGGUUGAGCUGGGUGCUGACGUGGGGCCAGUACGGACCUGGUUUCCAGAGACAUUCAUCUGGAGUAUGGUUCCCAUCAAUGAUUCAGGGCUUGCUGAGCUAGCUGUGACAGUCCCUGACAGUAUCACAGACUGGAGAGCCAUGACCUUCUGCACCUCAGGGAGCCACGGGUUGGGAAUCUCAGACACCACCAGCCUGCAGAUCUUCAAGCCCUUCUUUGUGGAACCCACCUUGCCCUACUCUGUCUUCCGUGGAGAGUCAUUUCCCCUGACAGUCAAAGUCUUCAGCUACCUGAAGCAAUGCAUGGCAAUCCAGCUUAGCCUCAUGGACUCCAGGGAUUUUGAAUUUGUGCAUGCAAAUGACAAGUUCACUGCUUGUCUGUGUCCUGAUUCAGCAAAAACAUUCUCCUGGGAUGUGAAGGCUACAAAAUUAGGGAAGGUGAACUUUACUGUCACUGCUGAGGUGACAGAGCAGGGAGAUGUCUGCACUGGGAGCCCCCCUGUUGUGCCAGAGUCUGGUGGGAAGGACACGGUGGUGAAACACCUGCUGGUGAAGGCAGAGGGUCUGCUGGAGGAGAAGACCCACUCCUCACUCCUGUGCCCCAAAGGAACUUCAGCUUCAGAGACAAUCAGUUUCACCAUGCCAGAGAACAGAGUCCUCGGGUCGGAGAGAGCCCACAUCUCCUUCAUAGGUGACAUUCUGGGGACAGCACUGGACAACAUAGGUGAGCUCCUCCAGAUGUCCAGUGGCUGUGGUGAGCAGAACAUGGUUCAUUUUGCCCCAAAUGUCUUUAUCACACGAUACCUUGAAGAAACAGGACAACUGACUCCAGAAGUCAAACAGAAGGCAAUGGUCUAUCUGGAAAGUGGCUACCAGCGACAGCUGCUGUACAAGCACGCCGACGGCUCCUACAGCGCCUUCGGGGGAGGGGACGAGCCAGGGAACACGUGGCUGACUGCCCUUGUCCUCAAGACCUUCAGCCAAGCCCGGGACUUCAUCCACAUAGAUGAGCAGAAUAUAAAGGAUGCUGCCAGUGCCCUGAUUAAGAAUCAGACUCCAUCUGGCUGCUUCAAGAGCGUGGGGAAGCUCUUCAACAAUGGUCUGAUGGACCCCGUGGUCUCCAAAGCUCUGAGGUGUAUCAAGGACCUGGUCGAUGCUGACACUGGCAGUUCCAGCCUCUACAGCCUGGCACUGGCUGCAAAUGCCUUUGCAGCAGCAGGUGAUAAGGCCCUCAGGGAGAAGAUCCUCAAAAGGCUGGAUAAGGCUGCCAUAGUAUCAGGUGACCAAAUAUUCUGGAGUCAACAGGCAAAACAGGAGGAGGACUCCCUACACUGGCAACGGGCUCCAUCUGUUGAUGUGGAAUUGACAUCUAGCAUCCUCAUGGCUCACCUUUCAAAAUCAAGUUUGUCUUCAGAGGAAAUCAGAAAGGCAUCCCAGAUUGUGUCCUGGCUUAUCAAGCAGCAAAACCCUUAUGGAGGCUUUGCUUCCACCCAGGACACGGUGGUUGCUCUGGAAGCCCUAGCCCUCUAUGCAACCAAACUCUUCAGCAAGGAUGGCCUCGAUCUUCAGGCUUCUCUCUCCUCUGAAGGUUUCACCCAAAACAUCAGAGUGGACAACAGCAAUCGCCUCCUGCUGCAGAGAGUAGAGCUGCCAGCCCUUCCCCAGGAGUACUCCGUGCGAGUGCAGGGCCACGGGUGCCUCUUCCUGCAGGCCACGCUGCGGUACCACAUCCCCCCGCCGGGCACAGACGUCACCUUUGCCCUGGCAGUGCAGACAGCCUGCACCUCACCCAGUGCCACCAGCUUCCCUGUCACCAUCCGUGCUCGCUACACAGGGAACCGUGUGUCCACCAACAUGGUCCUGAUCCAAGUGGAGCUGCUGUCUGGAUACAGCCCCGUGGCAGGGUCACUGGAAGAGCUGAAGAAAAUGCCCUUAGUGAAGAAAGUUGAAACCGAAGCUGACCGAGUCAUUCUCUACCUGGAGGAGCUGACCAGAGAGCCUCACACCUACACUCUGCUGGUGCAGCAGGACGUGCAAGUGAAGGAUCAGAAGCCAGCCAAUGUCAAGGUCUAUGAUUACUACAUGCCAGAAGAAACUACAGUGAUGAGCUACAAUGUCCCAUGCAAGUGA